UUGCGAAAAACGACGGCAAGGGCAGGGGGCCGCCAUGGAUUUCCAGUGCAGCGACGUGGCUCGGUGGAGUCGAGCUCUCUCCGCCUACCCCGCUCGCAUCGAAUCCCUCGGCAAGCCCGACCUCCUCCCCCUCGACGACUUCUACCGCCGCCGCCUCCCCGCCCUCCUCCGCGGCCGGGACCCCGAUCCCUUCGUCACCCGCUCGGAGCUCGCCCAGCUCAUGCAGUGGAAGCUCGCCCGCGGCAAGUGGAGGCCGCGAUUGUUGGAGUUCGUGUUGUCGCUGGACGAGGAGGCGGUGGAGUCCUCCUCCCGGAAGGCCUUCGGAUCGCUCCCCGACGUGUCGAAGGCCGUGUCGGAGCUCACCGUCUUGAAGGGGGUUGGCCCCGCCACCGCAUCCGCCGUCCUCGCCGCGUACGCGCCCGACGUCGCCCCGUUCAUGUCUGACGAGGCUAUGGUGGCUGCUCUGGGGCACUCCAAAGAUUAUUCCUUGAAGCAGUAUUUGCGGUUCGUGGAGAAACUGCAGGCUAAGGCAAAGGAAUUAAGCGCUGAGGGGCAGUUGUUCACACCAUCAGACGUAGAGAGGGCCCUGUGGAGUUCCGCUAUCGAGGCCAGGCUGGAAAACUCUCAGUCCGAUUCAGUCGCGAAGACUGAUGUAAGCAAAAUGUCCAAGAGGAAGAGGAAAAGAUGAUUUGAAGCUGCAGUCAACGACAUCAGGUUUUGCUAGUUUUGCUAGUUUUUGCUGUGUACUUGUACAUAAUUUAACGUCCACUUUCCUAGUCCAGAUCGAGUUAAGAUCACAAGCAAUGCGAUUGCUGCCAUUUUUUUUUUUUUUUUUUGGCUGACGAAGUUAUGGUCGCCCUCCUUCCUCUCCGGAACCUGGUCCACGUUAUGUCGCCGGAAAAUUCUUCAGUCUCACUAUGUAAAGAAUCCGCCAUUGGUUCGCCAAUCGAACCUAACAUACAGAGGCCAGUACCGCAUGGUCCGGUGAUGAGCUUCCGGUUGUGACUUUGUAAUCGGUGGACUGAAGUAUCAGUGCCACGAACUUAGAUGUCCAAAACGGAUAUUUCUCAUGAAA